AUGGCACAGGACGAGCGGAAAGUGGAGCAGGAUGACGAACUGGAUGCUCUGUGGAAUGUUGAGCCGCCGCGCCGCCAGGCCGUGCAGCAGCCACAGCAUGCAGAUCCCAGCAGCUCCGAGGAAGACAGCUACUUCCAAACGUCGCAAGACGAGAGCGAGGACAGCGCCGUGCAACAGGCUAGGGAGGCGGCUGCCCGGCUGAAGGACUACGGGGAGGAUUUGGAGGCGGCGACGGCACAGCAGCCGCGUGCAGCGGCGGGGGCACUGCCGUCUGCGGCGGCGGCCUUCAACUCGGUGGACGGCCCACCUGCUUACCUGGACCCCGAGGCCACGCGGCCCCUGGCGGUGGCAGUGCAUAAGGCCGUCAACAACGUGGGAGCAGACGGUGGCUCUUUGCCCGACCCGCACUCUCAGAACCGGCUCAUGAACAAGCGGGGGCAGGCGGUUGGGGAGUGGGACGUGAGCCAGAUGGCACCCAAGCUAAAGGAGCAGCAAGGAAAGGAAAAAGGUGUAAUUACUGGUGCUGCGGUACGCUUCCGCACUGAGGACAGGGUUGGCACCGUCAGCGCGGCGCAGAUUGCCAUGCUGGGAGGGCAGUGGGGUGGAGACGAAGGGGUUGAGGAAGAGGCAGCGGGCGCAGGUCCCAGCGCCAAGCACCCUGUGCCCAAGGGCAAGCCCAGCAAGCCCAUGGGCGUGGAUGAGUUCUUGGACAAGGGCGUGGGCGGCGCGCUGCUGCCACGCAAGCGGCAAGACCGCAAGGACAAGGAGAAGGACAAACGGGUGCGGGGCCAGAGCACGCACGCCAACUGGAAGUCGGAGGCAGAAAUGGUGCUGCGCCAGCAGUACGACUGA